CCUGAUCCCGAGUCGCUUCACCCGGUCUCGAGCGGCCCGGCCUACAGCGUCUUCCCGAGAGCUACCAAGAGAUGGAUCAUCGCCAUGGCCGCAUGCGCGAGCUUCGUCUCGCCCAUGACAGCCAAUAUCUACUUCCCGGCCCUGAACCCGAUCGCGAACGAUCUCGGCGUGUCGGUCAACCUUAUCAACUUGACCCUGACGACGUACAUGGUCUUCCAGGCAAUCUCUCCCACGAUUGUCGGCGAUUUGGGCGACAUGGCCGGAAGAAGGCCCGCCUUUGCCGUAUCCUUCGCCAUAUACAUUCUUGCCAACCUUGGCCUUGCCCUCCAGAAACACUACGCGGCUCUGUUGGUGUUGCGCAUGCUCCAGAGCGCCGGGAGCAGCGGGACUCUGUCGCUAUGCUUCGCCGUGGUGGCCGACGUCGCCGUCAGCGCCGAAAGGGGCAAGUACAUGGGCUUUGUCGGGGCGGGCAUCAAUAUCGGACCUGCCCUCAGCCCCGUCCUCGGCGGUAUCUUGACGCAAUACCUGGGCUGGAGAGCCAUCUUCUGGUUCUGCCUCAUCUACGCCUCGGUGUGGCUUAUACCCUACCUCCUGGCGGUACCCGAGACGUGCAGAAAGGUAGUGGGGAACGGUUCGGUGCCGGCCCAGGGCUGGAACAUGACCGCCGUCGACUAUUUCAGCCGCCGCCGCCGCCGCUCGGAGGAUGCCGGCGCUCCCGCCGGCAGCCUCAAGCGCGAGUUACGAUUUCCUAAUCCCGUCAAUGCCCUGAGAGUGGUCUUCGAGAAGGAUCUUGCCCUCUUGCUCUUCUACAACACCAUGAUUUACCUGGUGUUUAUUCUCAUCGCAGCUACCGUGUCGACAGAGUUUGCAGAUAUCUACCAUCUCACGGACCUCCAGAUCGGACUCUGCUAUCUGCCCUACGGCCUGGGGUGCUGCCUCGCUGCCAUCUUGCAGGGGUAUGUUCUCGACGCCAACUACCGCCGGAUAGCCCGCAGCAUCGGGUUUACCAUCGACUACAAGCGGGGCGAUGAUCUGCGGAACUUUCCCAUCGAGAAGGCUCGGAUUCUACCCGUGUACCCAAUCUUGUCCGCUGGCGUCGCAGCAGUCAUUUCUUAUGGAUGGGUUCUGCAAGCCGAGACCAACCUAGCCGGUCCGCUGGUGCUGCUGUUCGUCGUCGGUCUCUGCGUCACAGGGUCCUUCUCCAUUCUCAACACGCUCAUAGUAGAUCUGUAUCCGGAGGCUCCGGCAACGGCCGUGGCCGCAAACAACCUGGUGCGAUGCCUCUUCGGUGCCGCU